UUUGUUACUGGUCCUGAUGCUGCGUCCCUCGCGCCUGCUCAGAGACAGCGCGCAUGCGCACUGGUUCGUAUUGUGCACCCGCAGCACCUGCGUCACAUCAGCGCUGUGCCUGACCGGGCCGAACCUCCGAAGCCGCCUUUAGGACACACAUUACAGGUGAAAUGGUGAAACUCGGAGCGCAUCUGGAGAAGCGCAGCACGAAGGCGGAGAGCGAGGAUGGCUUCGACACCAUCCCCCUCAUAACGCCCCUGGACCCGGGUCAACUGCAGCUGCCCCCGCCCCCCGACAAGGUGGUGGUCAGGACCAAAGCUGAGUUUGACUCUCAAAAGCAGAAGUUUCGUUCUCCUAAAAUGGCAGAAUUCUCCAUCAGCGUCAUCGAGGGCGUGUCCGAGCGGCUCAAGAUGACCCUGCUGGUGAUCUGCGCUCUGGCCUUCCUGGUGUGUGUGGUGUUCCUGGUGGUGUAUAAAGUGUACCAGUACGAACAGCCCUGUCCAGACAACUUCCUCUACGUGCAGGGGCGGUGCGUGCCAGCUGGGCUGUACGGGCCCCUCCCCCCUCAGGGGUCCCUCCCCCCCCAGGGGCCCCGGGGUCGACUUUUCACCCUCAUCAACCGCUACAACCUCAACCGCCAAACCAUCACACGCUCUCUGUCACCCUGGAUCAGCAUUGUGUCAGAGGAGAGGGUCAGCGAGACCAAGACUGAGACAGAGAGGAAACUGGACUAAAGAGGAGUCAGAGGGGGUCAAAGGGGGUACAGAGGGGUCAGGACAGCACAGAGGGGUCAAAGGAGAGGGAAUAGGAGAGGGUCAGGGGGGAGGGCAGAGCACAGGGAGACAGAGCGAGAGGAAACAGGAGUAAACUAUGAGAGGAGGAGUCAGGGGAGACUGGCCUAAAGCACCACUGGAUCUGUCUCAGUCUGCAGCUCAUGAGCAUCAACCACAGAAAUCCCUUUGUUUGAGCUGUGGAUGUGACUAAGCUAGCAGCAGUGACACGGAUCAGGCAGUGACAGGCGCUUCUUAGAGGGGAUAAACACAGACUGCAGGGUCUGUGCUGCUGACCAGAGGUGGAAGUACUGCUCAAAUAUAAAGUACUACUGUUACUUCAAAUACGACUUAAAUAGAUGUAGUUAAAUGGCAUGUGCCUGUCCAGAUGUAUGGAAUGUAAAAAUAUGAACCAAUCAUGAAUGUUUUUUAUAACUGUUAACGUACAACUAGUACUAUAUAAUUGGCCAAAAAUACUGUACCUCUAAAAAAUACACUUACACAAAAUACACAAAAUAUCUACUGUUACCAGUACUACAGUAAAAGUACUUAAAUAUUUCCACCUCUGGAGUAGUGAUGUUUGAGUUGGUUUAGAAUAGAACUGUUCAUUUUAUUUAUUUAAAAAUGUAAAAUUUGAUACACACCACAUACACACACACUUAAGUAUUUUGUGAAAGUUACUGUGGAAUUUAAAUACUUUGAACCCUGCAUGUCCUGCAGGAUUACUGUAGUCUUUACGUAUUCGUUACUUUUACAUGUUACGUUCACGUGCACAUGUUUGUUGUCAUGACGAUGUGAAAAACUGAAACUUGAAUUCACUUUUGAACCAGCAGCGAUUUAAACACAUGUAAACUCUGAGUGUUGUAAAUGUAUUAGACACAUGAAUCACGGUUGUACAGUCGGACUGAAGCAGAGUCUGAGGAGUCUGACUGUCUCACUGCUUUUGACUGUUUUUCAUUAAACAGGGGGUAUUCUGCUAAAUCUUUAUUUUUAUUUUUUUAAUCCCUCAUCAACGUGCCUGUUAGCAGUAUGAGCCUGUACAAGGCUCCAUCCACAAGCCAACAUCACCCAUUCUCCCACACGACAAUUCUCCGUAAAUAUACAAAAACAUGACACAAAAUUUUACACAGCAACUUAACAAACCUGAUGUGAUGUGCAGUAGUUUCAUUAGUGGGAUGCAGCUGAUUGAGCUGUGAUAGCGCUCUGUUAAUAAGUUGUUUUUGCUCAAAGCAUUUUCAAAACAAUAAAAGGUAACAUGGUGAUCUAAAUGUGUUAUGUGUUUGCAGUUAAUACCACAUAGAAGUGUAAUACCCCGAUAGAAGCAAAAUACCCCCUCUUUAACAUUUGACUGUCACAUUUUUCAAACUAAUGUCAUGAAACCAUAAAAGUGCAUUUGAAAAUAAAGUGCCCACAUCUUUC